AUGGAACCGGUGGAUAUCAACGACUAUCCAGAAAUAUACUUUGUAUUUCAAUGCGUUUCAGUCCCAGCCACCCUCCUAAACCUCUUUGGACUCUACGUAAUCUGGUUCGGCACCCCGAAACGAGUCGGGAACUACAAAACUUACCUCUGCUACCUCCAGAUCAAUGCAAUCCUCUACGACCUAAUCCUGGUGUACCUGAUUUUUCCCGUAUUUUCCUUUCCGGCCGGUGGGGCCUAUUCCAUGGGAAUGCUGCCAAAAUUGGGCAUCAAGGCAUGGGGACAGAUGACCCAUCCAAUCGUCAAAAACUUCAUUUCUCAACCCACCUACUAUGGACUACAAGCGGAAAUGAAGGUCAUUACCGUACCUGCCGUCUCGGUUUACAACACGAUAAUUUUUUGGGGAUUUAGCUAUCUCAUUAUACCGAGCUACCUUCAAAUACGCGCUUGGUACGCCUUCUUAUACCAACUUGGGCUCUAUUAUUUAGCAGCCUACUCGAUCUGGAUCUCAAUCUUGACCUGUUCUCAUGGCGUCGCUUCUACAAUAGUCUUAUUUUUGUUCUACGGAAGUUACCGCCGAUUUUUAUACCAUUGGUUCACGAAGCUCACAAAGGUCGUGAAGCCAACACCUCGUGGAAGGUCGAGCAGCAUCUUUGUCGUCUCGCAAAAUCGGGUGACGCUGGAGAGGACAAUUCGCCUCACUAAGGAUGAA